AGUGGCGGGCGGCAACGGGCAGCUCCCCGUGAGCGUCUCCGCCACCACCGUGCUCGGGCACGCGACGGGCAUGGCGCCGCGCGCGCACCUGGCGAUCUACAAGGUGCUGUGGCGGCAGGCGCAGACCGACGGGGGGGGCGACGGGAGCAUGAAGCCCGCGCCGCCGUCGGGAUCCAUGGCGGACCUGUACGCGGCGCUGGACCAGGCCGUGGCGGACGGCGUGGACGUGGUGUCGCUGUCCGUGGGAAGUUUGAGUGAUUACGAGACCUACUUCAACGACGUGCCCUAUGCCAACAUCCAGAAGGCGGGCAUCCUGGCGGUGCUGGCGGCGGGCAACAGCGGUGCGCCCCCCGAGCCCAACAGCAACAUGUACCGCACGCUCUCCAACUUCUCGCCCUUCUACCUCACCGUCGGCGCCAGUAGCAUGGGUCGGCGGUUCGUGGUGCGAUUGACGCUGGGCAACGGGGCAGUCAUCAAGGCGCGUGCAGUGGAAGCGGCUUCCGUCUCUCAGCGCGUGCCCUUGGUCUACUCCCGGAACGCCAUUGCUCCAGGGAAAACCGUCUACCAGGCCGAUCUAUGCGAGCAGGGUUCUCUCAACCCUAACAAAACGACCGGCAAGAUCGUGAUCUGUUCGCGGGGGAUCAACCCGAUUUGGAACAAGACUCUGGCAGUGCAGGAUGCGGGCGGUGUGGGCAUGGUGCUGGUGAAUGUGAAGGGUGGUUCGUCCAAUUUCCCGGUGGUUCCUGGGCCGCCCCUGCCGUAUGUGCACUUCUCGCUGGAGCAGGCUGCGCUAUUGGCGAAAUACAUGAAGAAGACCAAAAAGCCCCUCGCCACAAUGGGCACAGAAGUAGAAGCAGCGUUUGACGAGGCACCAGCCCUCGCCGCCUUCUCCUCCACGGGCCCGGUGGCAGACCCAGACAGUGCGCAACUGCCCGUCUACCCCACCAACGACAUCCUCAAACCCGACAUUGUCGCUCCGGGAGUGAACCUCUGGGGAGCGUGGAUAUCCACCACUACGGACGGAUCCGAGCCUGCUCAAUACUCGCAGCUCUCUGGAACAUCCAUGGCUACUCCGCAUGUGGCAGGGAUCGUCGCGCUGAUCAUGCAGAUGAAUCCGGACUGGUCUCCGGCGAGGGUUAUGUCCGCGGUUAUGACUACGGCCACUCCCGGAGGUUUGCCCUCGGAUAUCCGGACCAUGGUUGUGUCAUCGUCGGGGGCGGCGGGGGGGAAGCCGGGGACGAGUGGCAGCGGUGGAGGGGGAUACACGUACCGUGUGGUGAAGCCGAUGAAGAAUUCGUUGAAUAAGGAGGCGACGGCGUGGGAGCUAGGUUCGGGGCAUGUGGACCCGCCUAGGGUUGGCGAUCCUGGGCUGGUUUUCGACAUUAUGUUUGACGACAAUGUGAAUUUUCUCGCCGGGCUGGAUUUGCAGCGCGCCAAGGAUACGUUUCCGAGUGUAACGACGUUUUCGCCGAUCAAGCCUGCUUACAAGUUCAACCGGCCGUCGAUUUCGGUUUCGAAGCUGUUUGGCGGGGUUACGGUGACGAGAACAGUGACGAAUGUGGCUUCAGUGGCGUCGACUUAUGUGGCUAAAGUUAUUCCGCCUCCAAGGGUGAAGGUUACUGUCACUCCAUCUACUUUCACUAUUGCGCCGGGGGAUAAGGUCACGUUUUCUGUGGAGCUGAAGGUUUUGAAAGCGUCUCUCCGCGAACGCCUCGCCGGUCCAGACUCCCCUAGCCUCGGCGAUUUCAUCUUAGGUGCUCAGCGGAAGCGAGAUGGGGAUCAGGACGGCGAGUCCGGCGGAGACGUGCAAUCUCAGCCGUCCGCUGGGGCCGGUCGCGGAUUGGUGAAGGCCGACGCGGGAUUGGGUCUAGGAGGCGUGUACGCGGUGCAGGCAGUGCAGCCGCGGGAAAGGCGGCGAAAGCCUGAUUGGAUGAAGCGGGAGGUAUUGCCCGGAGGGGAGAAAUUCGUGGCGAUUAAGAAACGGCUUCGUGAGUUAAAGCUGCAUACGGUGUGCGAGGAGGCGCGGUGCCCGAACCUAGGAGAGUGCUGGGGAGGGAGCGGCCCGGAGGGCGAGGGCGCAACGGCUACUAUUAUGAUCCUUGGCGACACGUGCACGCGAGGCUGCAGGUUCUGCGCGGUGAAGACGGCGCGCAACCCGCCUCCCCCGGACGCGGACGAGCCGCGGAAGGUGGCGGACGCGGUGGGCGAGUGGGGCCUGGGGUACAUCGUGUUGACCAGCGUUGACCGCGACGAUCUGGCGGACCAGGGCAGCGGGCACUUCGCGGAAACCAUCAUUCGCCUCAAGGAGCGCCGCCCUGACAUGCUCGUGGAGGCGCUUGUGCCGGACUUCCGGGGGUCAGCGGAGUGUGUGCGGCGAGUGGUGGACAGUGGUCUAGACGUGUACGCGCACAACAUAGAGACCGUGCGCGAGCUGCAGCAGUUUGUCCGGGAUCCGCGCGCCGGCUUUGAGCAGUCGCUAACAACACUGCGCCUUGCCAAGGAGAUGGCCCGCGAGGGCAGGGAGAGGGGCGGGCCAGGGAUGCUCACGAAGACGUCGAUCAUGCUGGGAUGUGGGGAGACCCCGGAGCAGGUUCUCAGCACGAUGGAGGCAGUGCGAGCAGCAGGGGUGGAUGUGAUGACGUUCGGGCAGUACAUGCGCCCCACGCGCCGCCACAUGCCUGUCAGCCACUAUGUCACUCCCGAGGCCUUUGACCAGUGGAAGAAAGUGGGAGAGGAAAUGGGCUUCCGAUAUGUUGCUGCCGGCCCCAUGGUUCGCUCUUCGUAUCGUGCUGGAGAGUUCUACAUCAAGGCCAUGCUUGAAGAGGAUAGGAAGCGACAACAGGAAGCUGAGCAUUGGAAGGUGGAGAAAUUCGACCCCGCGUGGAACCCCACGGGGCUGCUGGAGGAGAGCUCCUUCGCCACGCUGUUUCCGCAGUACCGAGAGAAAUAUCUCCGCGAGGCGUGGCCGGAGGUGACGCGCGCGCUGAACGAGUUCGGCGUGGCGUGCGAGCUGAACCUGGUGGAGGGCAGCAUGACCGUCAAGACCACGCGCAAAACGCGCGACCCCUACAUCAUCGUGCGCGCGCGGGAUCUCAUCAAGCUGCUCUCGCGCUCCGUGCCCGUCACGCAGGCGUUGAAAAUUCUGGACGAUGAGACAUACUGCGACAUUAUCAAGAUUGGCGGAAUGGUUCGCAGCAAGGAGCGGUUUGUGAAGCGGCGGCAGCGGCUGCUGGGCCCCAAUGGCUCCACGCUCAAGGCUAUCGAGCUGCUCACUGGCUGCUACGUGCUCGUUCAGGGCAACACGGUGUCAGGAAUCGGCACGCCGCGGGGGCUCAAGGCAGUGAGGCGCAUUGUGGAGGACUGUAUGAAGAACAUCCACCCCAUCUACCACAUCAAGACUCUGAUGAUAAAGCGCGAGCUGGAGAAGGACCCAUCUCUCAAGGAGGAGAUCUGGGACCGCUUCCUGCCCACCUUCAAAAAGAAGAACGUGCAAACCAAGAAGGUUAAGAGCAAGGUCAAGAAGCCGUACACGCCCUUCCCGCCGCCGCAGCAGCCGAGCAAGAUCGAUCUGGCGCUGGAGAGCGGCGAGUACUUCCUGUCGGCGGAGCGCAAGGCGGCCAAGAAGCACGCAGAGAAGAUGGAGAAGCAGGAGGAGGCGGUGGAGGAGAAGAAGCGGAAGCGAGAGGAGGCAUUCCAACCCCCCAAGCUGCGCAAGAACACAGCAGCAGGCAAGGCCGCACCGGGCAGCAGCAACAAGGUCACAUCGGAGGACGUGGCAUCCAUGGCCAAGGCCCUCAAGGAGAAGACCAGCAAACCUGCUGCUGGCUCUCGGUCCGUCCAGGGGCAAGGUGCAGAGGCGUUCCUCGCUGUGCCUGUUGCUGGUGGGGAUGGUGGUGGAGAUGGGGAUGGGGAGAAAAAGAAGAAGAGAAAGAAGAAGGCGGCUGCGGCAGAUGAAUAG